CUCGCAAGGGCGACCUGAGGGAGACACUCAAGGAGAGGAUGGGAGAGUCCUCCGCAACUUCCAAGGUCGGCUUAGAAGAGCGACGAAAAGCGGUCGAGGACAAGGAAACAAUCGAGUUAUGGAAGAUGUACGAACGUCUAGAGAACUGGUUGGAUGCCCAGAAUCCGUACCGCCAGGCAGUCUUCACCCUUCUCUAGAAGGAUAAUGUCAUGUCCUCUCCCGGACAAUUUUAAGACUCCACAGGUCAAAGCAUACAAUGGGACGACCGAUCCCCAGGAUCACCUUGCUCGCUUUGGGGAGAAUGUGGUUAUCCGGAGAGAGAAGCUCACGUUCUCACACCUGCUCAAUGUGAAAAUCCGGAAGGGGGAGCAGCUCUGGGAGUUUAUCAACCGGUGGGAGAAGGAGGCUAGGGAUGUCCAAGGGGCGGACGACCAGGCCUUGAUCACUAUGCUCCAGGCUGCACUCCCUCAAGGGGAUGUGCGCAAGGAGCUGCGACGGAAUCCGCUCUCCACCUACCAGGAAGUGCUAGCCAGGGCGAAGUAUCUGGCACUGGAAGAAGAAGAUGACGAGCCACCUGUCCGAAAGGAGAAGAAGAGCGGACAUCCGGUGGUAGAAGGAAGAAAGAGGAAAGACUUUGGUAGGGGACCAAACCCUACAGGAUAUCAGGCGAGCAGACAGCCUGUCCAUGCGGUACAGUCCUUACCCGCCCCUCCUUGCAGUCAGGAAAGCUAUGGCGUCCAAGACGCACCCAAGUACUGCGAAUACCACCAUAACAUCACCCACAACACGUCGGAGUGCGUUACGUUGAAAAAGGAAAAGGAUCAGCUGAUCGCUAGAGGGCCACCUCCUCGGCCGGAGCGACCAACAUCAGGUAACCGGACCUGGAGGAGACCGGCGGCCCCCACCGCAUCGAUCACAGCAGGGGAUGGGCAGGAGGACGGACGACGACAUCUGGGGAGAGAUUGCGACGACCUGGAUGAGGAAGAAAGGCGGAACCGCCAACACUUGGGGUGUCGGUUCAUUAUGGGCAGCAAUACCGGAGGGUACUUGGCGUCCUCACGGAAGAAGUGGAAGAACAUGGUGCAUCUAGCCGAGGUGCAAAGUCCACCGCUACCCAAGCGGAAGAAGAAGGAACCCCUGAUCUUCACAGACAAGGAUUAUCCACCAGUCCUUAGCCCCCAUCGGGAUGCAUUGGUGAUAAAGGUGGAGAUCAAUAAUGUGGUCGUCCACCGCAUGUUGGUCGAUACUGGCAGCUCGGUCAACAUCAUGCACAGCAACACAUUUAAGGGGCUGGGGUUGUCCAGGAGCGACCUGAAGCCAAUCCGUACCCCGCUGUCAGGAUUUACGGAGGACACUAUUGAAGCAGAGGGAACCAUCACGGUGAAGGCUGGGGUAGGAGAUGGCACCCACCGACUCUGGCUCGACAUGAAAUUUAUGUUAGUGCAGCUUGACUGUGCACACCAUUUGAUCCUUGGGCGACCAGAAAGAGGAGGGGCGACCCAGAGUAGAGCCGGCGAAGGAGAUAGAAGAAGUCGCUUUGGACCCGGCUCUAAGCCAGAGCAGAAGGUGAAGAUAGGUAAGACCCUGCCAUGUAGGUUGAAGGAGCAGCUAAUGGGCGUCCUUCGCUCCUUCAGAAUAUUGUUUGCCUGGGGUCCAGAGGACAUGCCCGGGGUCAAUCCAAAAAUCAUUUGCCAUAGGUUGGCAGUGGAUCCGACCCAUAAGCUAAUCAAACAGAAGAAAUGUUUCCUUUCCUCAGAAAGGAGAGAGUUUGUCACCAAGCAGGUGGCAACCCUGCAAUCCAUCGGGCACAUCCAGGGAGUCCGUUACCCAGAAUGGUUGGCAAAUGUAGUCCUCGCACCCAAAGGGAACACCUGGCGGAUGUGCAUCGAUUACACCGACUUGAAGAACGCUUGCCCGAUGAAUCCUUUUUUAUGUACCCCUGGAUGGCUCCACCAAAACCCCAACUCUGCCCACAUAUCCAAAAGUAUUCUUUCUUUUCUUUAAUUCAAAAUAAAGUCUUUCCCAUCAAUUUUUAGUCAAAAAUGAAAUCAAAGGAAGACAAGUCAAACCUUAGUUUCUUAUUAUCUUUUAAAACCUUUGUUUCUUUUCAAAUCCUUUUUUUACCCAAAUAAUGCCUUCCCUUCUUUUCUUCUAAUACUGAUUCUGAACCUGUAAAUAAUCGAUUAUUGUUGUUUGAUAAUCGACUAUUGUAGCCCUCUGAUUCUUCUUCAAAAUCUGCAACAUCACAUAAUCGAUUGUCUUGCAGUGUCAAUCGACUAUCUGGUUCCUCUGAACAUUUCCAGUUGAGCUAAAGCCUAAUAAUCGAUUUACCAAAUGUGCUAAUCGAUUAUUCCAUAGCUCUGAAUCCUGAGUGAAUCUGUUCCUGUUUGCUCAUCCUAAGAUUGGGUAUAAGGCUAAAAUUAUGUCCUGAUUUUCAACAAAGAAUAAAGCCUUUU